AUGGCAACAGAUCUGGAGUUCCUCGACCAACUAACCGCCUUCUUGGAUACGGAGCCGAUUGUUCGAGGCCUUACACCGCGCAAGUCUCAACAGAUCGAUGACCUUCAACAGCACGGAUCUCCGUCUAGUUGGGGAGCAGAUUCACCCCCAACUUCGGUAAACGAAAGCGACUCUGAGAGCAGUAGCGGUGUGGAGGAGGAAGCCCCAACCAAGAGAUACAAACGAAGAAUUGACGCUGCUGAACUAAGCCGUCGACGUCAACGAUACCGCCAGCGUCAGAAACAAGCACGUGAGGAACUGCGCCGGCAGGAACGUGAACUGUCGACGCAGGUACAAGUAAUCACCGAAACGAGGAAAGGAGCGAAGACGACAGCGCGGACGGAUUUGGUACUUGCUAAGUCGUUCUGGAAGCGAGUGGCGCUGCACCAACGCGAACAACGACAUCACGUGGAGGCGGAGAAAAAGCGGCUAGCUGCCAUCGUGAAUGCUCAGGCAAAGUACAUCGAAAGCAUGGGUGGCGUAGUACGCGAGUUUUUGACUUUACCAUCAUGUGGUUAUACCAUUCCUCGAAGCGUUGUGUACGACAAGGUUGAUGAUCGGAAGUGGCUCCGUCUCAAGUCAUCCGACACAGCACUUUACGAAGCGUACCUUCAAGACCUUUACGAUAGUCACGGUCGGGUCGACAAAGUACUCAACGAAUGUGGCAUAGACUCUCUACCUGUAAACACUAUCAGCUCACUCCAUCGACACAACCCGGACGGUGGAGUCGAGUACGUUCAACUUGUUAACAAGUUCCUGCAGCCUUUCAGCUUCGAGGACACAUGCAGCAGUUUGUGGAAGAUCGCGGAUCUGCCCUAUCGACAUAUCGACCGCGAGGUUUUUCGAGAUAUACCGGACUCAGACAACACUGUUGCAGUCAAAUUUCGCGUCAAGAAGAUGCUCAGUAAAGACUGUAGCGUAUCGAUCUUGAAACGCGUCGUAGCUCGUCGAUUUGGCCAUGAAGAUCGCGUCGUGAUGAUAUGGAAGGUCUUCUGGGAAGGCGAGGGAAUCUUCAGUGGGAUGGAUAUUGACGAGACCGCGUGGGUGUGUAUUCGACCGUAUUGCGACGACUCCCACAUCGGCGCUAUGACGGAGACGUGCACUCGACAAGUUCCAGUGCAGUACCUUACGUCGCGCAAGAAAGAUCCGACAGUCCAAGCAUUUUGGAAAAUGACGCAGGAGGUAAACGAGGAGGACGAACGCGAGAUUGUCCGCUUUCUGGCGAAGCUUCUGCGAAACGACUGUUUGCCAAAUCCUAAGGUUGUUCUUGAGGAGUGA